UUAAAUAAUAGAAUAAAAAAUCAAUUUGAUAAUGUAAAAAAAAAGAAAACGAAUUGCAGCCUCAACAGCAACAACAAAUUACAAAUUUAGCCUGCCAUAAUGAACCGCAGCAACGCAUCAUCUAUUGAACCUCCUUCAGAAAAGACUCGUGAGCAUGCUCUUCUUGCAGUGAAACAACUGAUCGUUGGUGUCAACAAGAUGGAUCCGUCCGAACCACCAUACAGUGAGGCUGGUUAUGGGAAAAUCCAGAAGUAUCCUCAUCCAUCAAGAAGCUCGGUUAAUCCAGCUGCUGUUGCAUUGGUGCCAAUCGCUGACUUGGCAUGGUGAUAACAUGCUGGAAGCAUCCACCACACGCCAUGGCUCAAGGGAUGGAAAGCUGCACGUAAGGAAGGCAAUGCUGAAGGUA